AUGAAAAUCAUUAGCCAUGGCACCUCCAACGGCACAUCGAACCCUCAACUGGCGGGCCAGCUGGGCACCGUCCAGAGCACGUCGAUGAUGCAACUUUGGAGCGAGGAGCGCGACCUCAACCGGCUCCCCUUCUCCGAGUGGCAAGCCAACCAGACCUCAUCUCACAACUCGUCUCAUUACCAGAACGGCCACAGCUCAAACAACAACGGCCGCUGA